CAGCCUGGAAGUCAAGCUAAAUGUCUACCCAUGUCUUUGGUUCAAAUUCAUGAUAACCAGCAGGGUGCUACGCUGGUUGUCCCUAAUGUGACACUUGAUGCUGCCGGUCAGUACAAUUGCCAUAUUUGGAAACAGCAGUGUCAUGAGGUUCAGAAUAUACAGGAUUUGGAAAAUGCAGGCGUUGGUGAAGUCCGUGUUGAGUAUCGUCCAUAUAAUGUUAGCCAGUUUGUCUGUGUUUUCUACAAUUGGAAUGACUCCAUGAAUUGUACCUGGCAGCACCCUGUUGAUUACAGUAACUGGUCUAACAUUAACAUCAGUGUGGUGUACACCAUCAGUUCAAGACACCACCCCGUCUCAGCCUUUAGAUGUCCUCACCUCACUUACCAUGGCUGCACAUUCAUGAACACCGAGUCUUUUUUGGUGGAGAACUAUGUGAUAGAAGUCAAUGUCACCAACACAGUCGAAAACAUCACAGCAUCGAAAGUCUUUUCUGUCAGUGCCUAUAAAUCAGUGAAGCCUGCACCAGUUAUAAACCUGUCAGCCCAGCCUAUGCCAGGUUGCAUCAGUUUGUCAUGGCAACAUUCUAAGAAUUAUGAGAAAAUUUGCAGAAUCAGGCAUCACAAUAUAGGAGACAAUAAUGUUGAGGUUGUGAAUGACAACAUCAAUCAUACACACUUUACACAGUGUGGUUACCCGUCAUACACACAUCACAACUUCUCUGUGGACUGCUACCCUGCUGGGAUAUAUUCCGGCUACUGGAGUGACCCAGUCUACAUUGAUGCUUGGACUCCUAUGACAGCUCCAAAUGUAGGACCCACAACUGUAAAUGGAAGUUACACCUCCACCAAGUGCAUGAAUGGCUACAGAAAUGUUACCCUGAUGUGGCAGUUUUUAGUAUCAAUUCAUUUAUUUAUUAGGCAACCUGAAAGCUGGUGUUAA